UCAACAAAUGAUUGAAUCAAAAAAUUUGGUUUUUUUUAACUGUUCAAUAAUUUCUUACUGUGUGGCACAGUGUAAAACUUAGUGUACAAAUGUAAACCAUGCAUGAUUGAUUUUUCUAUUAUAUAUAGGACAGAAGCUCCGAAACUCAGCGGUUUCUGAGAGAGAGAGAGAGAGAGAGAUUCCUCUCAAAAUUUUGGGUUCUUGUUGUAGGUUUCAAAAAGUUCAUCUUUUUUUUGAUAUUUAGAUUAGAUCAAGAAUUCCUCAGUAAAGAUUUUGAGGUCAACGAUACGAGUUUAUAUGAAGAUGGAAGUAGGGGCUUACUGCACAGAGAAAAGAAAGCAAAGACUGUCCCAACAAGACAAACCUUACAGAGGAAUCCGCAUGAGGAAGUGGGGAAAGUGGGUUGCAGAAAUAAGAGAGCCCAACAAAAGGUCAAGAAUUUGGCUUGGCUCUUAUUCUUCGCCGGUCGCCGCCGCCCGUGCCUACGACACAGCGGUGUUCUACCUCAGAGGCCCUUCUGCUCGGCUCAACUUCCCUGAAUGUUUAGCCGAAGAUGAAGGGUGCCACGAAUUAUCGGCGGCGGAUAUAAGGAAAAAAGCCACCGAGGUUGGUGCUAGAGUGGAUGCGUUGCAGAGUACGCUCCAUGCACCGACUGAAUCCACCACGUCAAUUCGAGUUGACUUGAAUCAGUACCCGAGUCCGGAGGCUCCAGAUGAUAUUUAAAUUUAUGGGUUUUUUGUUUAUUAAUUAAAGAUUAUCCUUUUCUUCUGGGAUUAAAAGUUGGAGUUGAAGUUGAUAAGAGUAAUUGUAUAGGGUUUGAUUUUCUUAUGAUUAUAGAUAUGUAAUCCGAAGGGAUUCGUAUGUUUAUAGAGGAUUAACAAGCCAAAAUUUAUUUAUUUCACCAUUUUCGAUUUUCUUA